AUGGCGCCUUCUCUCAAUGCCCACGCUUCUUUCCAGCGUCCGCGGACUGGCGACCGCGAAGGCCGUCCCGGAACCCGCGACCAGGCCGACAGCAACCUUAUCAUCCCGAGCCGCACGUCGUCGCUCCACUCGCGCAUCACGCAGCCGAUCCCGUCGACGCUCAAUGCCAAGCCCCAGCAGCGGACGCCCAAGACCCUCACUCAUGCCUACAUGGUGUGCGGCGUUGGCCGCGAGCCUUCGCAAUGGGUCAAGGCUCCCGCGCCCGCGCAGGGAAAGAUUGGGCACAUGAAGGGUGCCGUGGGCCAAUUCUGGCUUCCCGAGAUCCUAGGAAGCAGCCCGAGACUGGAGCAGGACAACGAGAUUGCGCGUGCUUUGCAUUCGGCCAUGAGGGCCUGCUUCCCUCACGAUGUUGAGAUCUGCACUGGUCGAAGCCAGCCUCACUGUGUUCACCACGCAUUUGUUCUCCAGCAGGAUUCUUCGCACACUCUAUACGGCAUUUGCCUGCGUGUUUGGUCGCGCGCUGACGAGAAGAGAGCCGAGACCAUCCGGGAGCUGAGAAAGAGAACCGAGCCCGACUUCUACGACAAUGCUGAUGAACAGUACUGGAUUCCAUAUUGCUUGUCGUUCCUUUCCCGGUAUCCUCUCUACAAUCUGCUCGGCGAUUACCUGCGCGGCAUGUGGAUUCACUGGAACAAGGCCACAAACCUCUUCCACGCCGAGGAGGUGUCGCGGAUCCUGAGUUUCCCAGCUCCUAGAUUGAACGACUUGGUUCGCAUCGACAUGAAAGACUACGCUCUUUGCUACCAAUUUCCUUCCUCGCCCACCGGCUUCCAGAACUUUGCCAUGUGGCCUCUAUUCUGCUGCCUUUCAAUCCCCAACAUUGUCGGCGUAAUCGAGGCUGCCAUCUCGCCCACUCGCCGCAUCAUUUUCGUCAGUCAUUACCCUGCGAUGCUGACAAUGGCUGCCGAGACGGUCCGCUUCUGCGUCCGCGUCUAUGAGUGGAGCGGCCUUUAUGUCCCGGUUGUUCAUGCUCGGCAUGCCAAGGAGCUCGUCCAGGAGCCCGGCCCGUACAUCCUCGGUAUCACUGCCGAGUGCAGAUCUCUCUUCACCGCCCCAACCGAUGCCUUGGUCGUUGAUCUGGACCGUAACUUUGUCCUUACAUCGAGCCCGCCGACUGCGCUCAAUGCGGGCCAACGCAAUAAGUUUGUGACCCGCCUGACGCAGUCUCUGAAUGGCGAUGUCACACCGUCCGGCGUUCCCCAGCACCUGCGGUCUGCUUAUGGUGGGGGAAAGCUAGUCCCGGCUGGCCAGAUCAUUGUGAUGCGCGGAGAGGUUGAAUCGAUCCAAGACCCCGAAUGGUGGAAUCAGGAUCCUGUUAUGUCCGUAAUGGACCACGUCUGCGAAAAGAUGGGCCGAAACACGGGCUUGAAGGCCGUCUUCGGCGGGUCAGUCAAGAAACCCUUGAUGACCAAGGUAUCAAUGAGGCACUUGAAUGAGAUUGUCCGUGAGCGAAACCAGUAUUCGCGAGAUGCUUUGGAAGCCUGGCAAGAUUUCAUCAACCUAAAGGGGCGGAUGGAGACCGAACUCAACAAAGUCACCAAGCGAAACAACUAUCUGGUUGAGGAGCUUGAGAGCUGGAAGCAGCAGUUCCUCAAAUUCCAGGCCUUUGCCGAGACGCUCACCAAGGAGACGCAAGAUCUCAAGGUCAAGAUUGAGAACCACAAGCGCGAGAACCGUCGCCUGGGUGGUCUUCUCGAUCAACAGAAGGAUGACAAUGCACGGUUGUCUGUCCGCCUUGCUGGCACCGAGAAGCAGCGCGACGAUGCUCUGGAAGCUCUGGUUCUGCAGCAAGAAAUUGCAGAGGAGCUGGAGCGUGAGCGCAAGAGAAACAGGAAGGAGCUCACUGCUCUGCAGCACACCAACGUCACCAUUCUCCGACAGCGUGAUGAAGCUCGUCGUGUUGUGUUGCACCUGCGAAGCCUGAUUGCAGGCCAGCAUCACCAUAUGGAGCACCUCGUUAAGACCCUGACGUCUCCCGAUGAGCUGGCUGCCGAGAUUGAGGCCGGCUUUGUUGCCGCCGAGGGAGUGCCUGAAGAAGGGGAAUCUCGCGAGGAGACGGAGACCCGCUUCAUCAAGAAUCUCGCCCGUGCCAGCAGACGCGUUUCUACGCAGACUUUCGUCGAUGUUGCAGACCGUCACCUCAAGGACAAGACAGAUGCCAUUGCGCACAUCAUUCGCAACAUUGCGGAGCAGUGUCAGGCCGCCGUCGAGGGCCUGCAGCUAGCUCAAGAUGCCGAGCUAGGCACAGCUGAGACUUCGUUGCGGUCUCUGUCCAAAGGUCGCCGGGGGAGUAAUCUCUCCGUUGCUCCCAGCGAUGAUGGCCAGUCCGUCGCGACGUCCGAAGCCGGCGACGACAGCCUCCUCCGACCCAGCAGUGGUCGGGCCUCUAGCAUCCCACCCACACCGGAUCUCAUUCCCAACCGUAGCAGCACUAGCAUGUCGAUCGCUAGCACGGCCACGACCCCUGAGCGCACCUCCCAACAGUAUGUCAUUGGUCACGACAUCCCCACAAAGAUCGUCGAGGACGAUGAGGACGACCUCUCCGGCGACCGCAGCGAGGGGGAAAGCAACCCCAUCCCCCAGGAGCCGGGUAUUGUUGGUAAGCACGCCGAGAGCCUGAUCCACCGCCCUUCGGGUGCCCGGAUUAGCGCUCUGGGCAGCUCUCGCUGA